CCUCCCUCCGCCCGCGUCUCCCAGGCGACAGCAGCCUCGGUCUCGGCUCGGCCCCUCCCCCGCCCCGCCCCGGCUGCGAAGCGUCUGGAACCGCAUCCUUCCUCCGCAUCCUCGUCCUGCGGCCGCGCCGUGCAGCAGCUGCCCGUCGGAGCCGCCUGCCGAGGACCGCUGCUCACCAUGGUGAAGCUGGGCUGCAGCUUCUCCGGGAAGCCGGGCAAAGACCCAGGGGAUCAGGACGGGGCCACCACAGACAGCGUCCCUCUCAUCAGCCCCCUGGAUGUCAGCCAGCUCCAGCCACCGUUCCCUGACCAGGUGGUUAUCAAGACACAGACGGAAUACCAGCUGUCCUCCCCGGACCAGCCAAAGAAGUUCCCCGACCUGGAGGCCCAGAAGCUGGCCUGUAACCACCCAGAGGAAGGGCGCAGGCUGCCCACCGCGCGGAUGAUCGCCUUUGCCAUGGCGCUCCUGGGCUGUGUCCUCAUCAUGUACAAGGCCAUCUGGUAUGACCAGUUCACCUGCCCCGACGGCUUCCUGCUCCGGCACAAGAUCUGCACCCCGCUGACCCUGGAGAUGUACUACACGGAGAUGGACCCCGAGCGCCACCGAAGCAUCCUGGCCGCCAUCGGGGCCUACCCGCUGAGCCGCAAGCACGGCACCGAGACGCCCUCGGCCUGGGGGGAGAACUACCGCGCCGUCAAGGAGGGGCCCAAGGCGCCCACCCAGGCGGGCGCGGCGGCGGGGGCGGGCGCGGCGGGGGCGGCGGCCACCGAGCCCCCGGGAAAGCCCUCGGCCCCGGGAGAGAAGGAGGCGCCGCGGAAGGCAGCGGGCAGCGCCCCGCCCCCGGCCCCGGCCCCCCAGUGACGGCGCCCGCACCUGCGGCCCGGCGCCCCCGGCGGCACCCGUGACCGCCCUCGCCCGACGCGCUCCCCUCCUGUGGUCGUGCCCCGCCUCCGGGACCCCUCGCUGAUGCCCCUGCCCCCUGAGCUUCCAGCUCUGCUGCUUUUCUCUAAGUAAAGAUUCACAUCCA